AUUGAAACAUUUGCGUUAUUAUAGGAACGAGUGAAAUGGAACACUUUUAAAUGCAAACAGCCGCAAAUAUACACACGUGCUAAGUUCAUAAACAAUACGUUGAAGUUUCAGAUAAUUAAUCCUAUCUAUAAAACAUUUUAAAAAUAAAUUAGAUAUAUAAUAACUUUUGUAUAUUAUGGCUAGAAGACCUGAGCACGCAGCACCACCUGAGAUUUUUUACAAUGACGACGAGGCUAAUAAAUAUUCAACCAACUCUCGUAUUAUUGAAAUUCAAGUUGAAAUGGCUGAACGCGCUUUCGAGCUACUUGCUCUUGAGGAGGAAGAAUGUAAAUUAAUAUUAGACAUUGGCUGUGGUUCUGGUCUCUCAGGUAGUGUCCUAGAAGAUAAUGAUCAUGUGUGGAUUGGUGUAGAUAUAGCAGCAUCUAUGCUAAAAGUAGCUGUAGAUCGUGAAGUUAGUGGAGAUUUAUUAUUGACAGAUAUGGGACAGGGCAUGCCUUUUAAACCUGGCACAUUUGAUGGUGCGAUAUCCAUAUCGGCAUUGCAAUGGCUUUGUAAUGCAGACAAAAGCUCACAUAAUCCACACAAACGUUUAUAUAAAUUUUUUUCCACA